AUGCACAUUGUGAUUGAUGCUACAGAAGUUAUAGAAACUGCCAUGACAACUGGUUCAAACGACUUUUACUACUCCAACAAAUACGAGGACGAUGAAUAUGAAUAUAGACAUGUUCAUGUUACUAAGGAGGUGGCGAAGCUCAUACCAAAAAAUCGUCUCAUGUCAGAAACUGAGUGGCGAAGCCUCGGAAUUCAACAGUCUCCGGGAUGGGUUCACUACAUGAUUCAUGGACCAGAGCGGCAUGUGCUCCUAUUUCGUCGCCCUUUGCCUAACAAGCAAAACAUUGCAGGAAAACCCCCAGGGCAAGCACAGGUUGGAGUGCGUUGA